AGCUUCAGGAGACUUGCGUCUGGGACCCUCACACGCACGUGGCUUCACAACUCGUGGACUCCACACUGAAAGCAGGGUGCUGUGCGGCCUGUCCGCGAGGCCAGGAAGUGUUCCUUAAAUACAACUAAGGAAUACAGGCAACAUGUUCUACACUCAUGUGCUUAUGAGUAAACGAGGGCCACUGGCCAAAAUAUGGCUUGCAGCUCACUGGGAGAAGAAACUCACAAAGGCCCAUGUGUUUGAGUGUAAUCUAGAGAUAACUAUUCAAAAAAUUAUUUCACCUAAGGUGAAAAUUGCACUCCGAACUUCAGGACACCUUCUUCUGGGAGUCGUUCGAAUCUACAACAGGAAGGCAAAAUACCUUUUAGCAGAUUGCAGUGAAGCAUUUCUUAAAAUGAAGAUGACAUUUCGCCCAGGACUGGUUGACCUCCCCAAAGAGAAUUUUGAAGCAGCUUACAACACUAUCACAUUACCAGAAGAAUUUCAUGAUUUUGACAUCUACAAUACAAAUGAUAUUGAUAUUUCAGAGCCCCUUGCUCAGAACCAAAGUAGACCAGAGGAAAUCACACUUAGAGAAGAAUAUAGCACUGAUCUACUUUUCCAAACUGGGAGCUUUGGGGAUGAACCUGAACUCCUCAGAAGACAUAGCUUCUUUGAUGACAACAUAUUGAUGAACUCCAGUGGUCUUGUAGUUGAGCAUAGUUCUGGAAGCUUCACUGAGGAAAAAUCUUUGUUCUUUGACAAUGGAGAUGGGUUUGGAGACGAAGGGGCUGCAGGAGAAAUGAUUGACCAUCUAUUGCAAGAUGAGAAUACCUUUUUCGAAGACACAUACUUGAACAAAGAAGAUUUUCUGCCCCCUGAGCUUCCCAGUAGUGUGAUGGUUGAACCAGGUAGUUCAGAUGACCACUAUAUACCUGAAGAUGAAAAAAUAAAUGAAAUAACAUUAAUAUCAAAUGAAGAAGAAGGAUUUACUCUUGACCCAAUUGAUGGUUUAGAUAUUGCUGAUAGAAGGAAAAGGAAGAAGAGAAGGUUGCUCAUCGAUCCCGUCAAGGAGAUAAGCAGCAAGACUAUGCAUAAGCAGCUUACUUCCUUCAUGGACACUCUCAUGGUUCUGGACCUCGCGCCCCCCACGCAGAGACUCAUGAUGUGGAAGAAGAGGGGAGGAGUGGAGACACUUCUGUCAACUGCUACCCAGGAUUUAAUCAAUGAAGACUUGAAAAUGUUGUUCGCAAAAUGCUUCCUGUCCUUGGACUAUAAACUUGCAAAGUUGACACUGAAGGAGUCAUUAAGGAAAAAAGUGGGAAACCAGCACAUUCUAGAUCCCUCAGUGGUCGAAGAGCCAAACUCCCACAGUGAGUUAGGUCAACCCCAAGAUGGGAAGGAUGUGACUGACGAAUCUAUGGGUAGCUUUCAGGAGAACAUCAACAGGAAUACUAACUCUAAGCAGGACAUCCUCGAAAUGAUUUCUCCAGCUGCUGAGGGCUUUUCUUUGGUGAGUGCCUCCUCGACCCAAGAAAAUCAUCCAGCUGAAUUGGAGUCAUCAGGCAGCAAGCAAAAUACUGAGGCAGAAAAAUGGAACCAAAGAUUAUUUCAAACAUUAAAUGAGUUACGGGAAUUCAACAAAAUGGGAAUGCAGUUCUUUAGUUUGAUAAAGCUAUGCAGAAACAGUGACCGGAAACAGGCAGCUGCCAAAUUUUAUACUCUUCUCAUCCUGAAGAAGCAUCGGGCAAUCGAGCUGAGCCAGAGUGCUCCCUAUGCAGAUGUUAUAGCUACAGUGGGACCAAUGUUCCAUAAGCUAUGAAAGGAGUCCACAGCACGCAGGUUCACACCAUCGCUCACACUUCUGUAUAGACUCUUCAGUUUGAUGCAGAAGCCAUCUGGAAGCAGCUGAUGGCCAUCCAUUUCAUAGACAGGCUGGCCUCCCUUUUUCUAUCUGGAGGUCAAAACCAACACAGCCAGAGUUGGAAGCCUAUGUGGAGACAGGUAUUUUUUUUUUUUAACCUAGCUGAUUUGAAUGUCUGUCAUUUAUCAUUGCCCUGAUCUGAAUGUUGCAUUUAGGUUGUGUGUAGGAUACAUUAUAAAAUACCUCCAGGAAACAUUCAAGGCUAUUUCUAAAACACUGCUUUACGUUGGGUUACUAAAGUUUGUGGGGCUAAUGAAUGGUUGAUAUUGUCUUACGUGUAGAUAUUAGUUUAUUUGAGCUACUUUGUAUCACUGAUAGUGCCUAAUUCCCUGGGUUUUAAUCUAAUACCCAAUUAUAAAGAGCCUCUUUGAAUAUAUACAUAUAUAUUUAACUAUAAGAUGCAAAUAGCAGAAUUAUUUUAAAUAUUU